GACAAACAUCCAAGCAUCAUCACGAUGAUGACGCAUGAUGACUGGAUGCCCCAAGUUGGGCCGCGGAAGUACACCCUCGAACCCCUGCGCCCAAAGAUCACCAGCCACCAUAGAACCAUGGACUUUGCUGGCGGCCAAGAAGAAUCGGCACGCGGACGCCAAUGCACGGGGCCGCUGAGGGUCGAAAAAAACGUGGCAAGGGAGACUAAUGGACGAAGGAGAGAAAAGGGCAACGCACCAAAAAGGGAAGGCAAUGAGCUAAUGAGGAAACGAAAUAAUGGCGCGCCCUCAAUUGCGACCGUCGUAACGCCGCCCAUUGGGGCGUGUGCAAGAUGCGAGCUCUUAUCUAUCCUGUUCAAGAAGCAAUGGAUGAUGAUUUUCUUCGCUUCACUGAUAGUAGUUGACCGAGAUAAACAGCGACGGAGUGUGGAUCUAGAAGGAGGGGAGCUUAGGGAUUGGAAGGGCUCGAGUGUCAUUCAUUUGGCCCGAUCAAGCGCAUUGACAGAGAUGAGACAGUUUUGCUGA